CACAUAGAAGGAAAAAUAUGUACCACGUGGUCCUCACACGUUCUUUUCUUUCUCUUUUUUACCUUGGUUCAAGUUUCACUCUUUCAUCUGGCUUCAUUUUGGUCCAGCUAGUUUCUCCUCACACAGAUGGAAACUAACAAAUGGGAAGGGAAGAGAAGCAUGAAUGAAGCAGAAGAAGAAGAGGAGGAACAUGAAAAUGCUGAAGAAGAUAACAAAAGGAAGAGGAUAAUGACCCCCUCUGGAAGGAAGGUAUCUGGUGGAGGGCCAGCACAGCCUUGUUGCCAGGUCGAGCAGUGCACUGCCGAUAUGGCAGAUGCAAGGCCAUACCAUCGCCGCCACAAGGUGUGCGAGUUCCAUUCAAAGUCUCCAGUAGUACUUAUUAAUUGUCUCCAGCAGCGAUUCUGUCAGCAAUGUAGCAGAUUUCAUCUGUUAGGAGAGUUUGAUGAAGCAAAAAAGAGUUGCCGGAGGCGUUUGGCAGGCCACAAUGAGCGCCGCCGUAAAAUUUCAUAUGAUUCUCAUGGAGAAAGUUCGAGCUGAAGCAGCAUCAGCAUCAAUGGCAGCGCAAUCGCCUACUUUCUGAAGCAAAUUACAUAAAAAAUGUGGUUGAAGCAUGCUCUCUAUCUUCUGUCAAUUAUGGAUUUCUAAGCAAAUUGUUAUUUGUGACCUUCAAGAAUCUAGCUAGUACUACUUUCAUUUCCUUAUGAAAAGGGAAGGACAAAAUGAAUAAGCCGCUGGCAUUGUCUUCUAGUAUUCGUAAAAUGAAAUAUUUAUAGUCUGUAUGCGUAUCACAUGGUGCUCGAAAGUCUUCCAUGUUGACAUUCCAACUCACUUUACAAGGUUUCUAUUUUAAUUUU